UUUAUAGUGUGCCUGAAUUACAUUCAGAGUCGCUGCGGACCGAUAACUAGACCAACCAGCAGCGGUAACAUAAUUAAUAUUGCACCUACGCCAAUAUCGGUUAUUGCUGAAGAUAACAAUAAUAUUACCAGGGGGGUUACCAUCCUGGUCAGAUAAGCAGUGCAUCUGGGUGAAGGCGAUUUCAGGUUUGCCGAUGACUGGGAGGGAGCGGCGUGUCGGUAAAGAGCUAGCCCGGCUUCUCUCGCCUCUGUCUCCCGGCAUGAAGGAUUGGUUUACCCGUGUCUGGGAAUAGCACACCGCUUUUUAAAAACAGGACGAUUUGGGGGUUGAAAACCAAGGCGGACUGCAAAGCGUAACAACAUACACUUUGAGGGGGGGGGAAGGAUUGUUGUCCGUGCUUUCGAGGAGAAGAAUGGCCAAUGAUUCAGUGCAAAGUGAGCCGGGCAGCCUGUCGGUCCUGGAGCAACUGGGUCUGGACCAGAGCUCGGACUUCUCGGACACGAGCGUGCAGCAGCGCCUGGACGAGGAGAAGGAGCGCAUCCGCAGGGAGAUCCGCAAGGAGCUGAAGAUCAAGGAGGGAGCGGAGAACCUGCGGAGAGCCACUACCGACAAGAAGAACCUGCAGAACGUGGACAACAUGCUGAAGGACUCCAACCGCAAGCUGGAGGAGCUGCACUGCCAGCUGCAGGAGCUCGACGCUCACAUCGUGGUGAAGGACCCCGACGACAUCCGAGACGCUCCCCAGUCUCCUGGCGCGCUGAGCCGAUCCACAGCCAACAAGAACCGGAUCUCAGCCCUGGAGAAGCAGCUGAACAUCGAAGUCAAAGUGAAGCAGGGUGCAGAGAACAUGAUCCACAUGUACUCCAAUGGAUCCACCAAGGAUCGCAAGCUGCUCCAGACGGCUCAGCAGAUGCUGCAGGACAGCAAGACCAAGAUUGACAUCAUUCGCAUGCAGGUGCGCAAGGCGGUGCAGGCAGACGAGGUGCAGCUGGACUUCGAGGACGGGACGGGGAAGCCGGACCUCAGCGUGCUGGAGCUGCGAAUCGAGGAGCUGCGGCAUCACUACCGAGUGGAGCACGCGGUGUCCGAGGGGGCCAAGAACGUGCUGAGACUGCUGGGCUCAAGCAAAGCACACGACAAGAAGGCCAUGUCUGAGGCCCAGGAGAAGCUGUGUGAGUCGAGUCAGAAGCUGGACCUGCUGAAGCACUCUCUGGAGCAGCGCCUGAACGAGCUGCCCGAGGAUCACCCCAAGGGCUGCCUCAUCAAAGAGGAGCUGGUCAUGGCCUCCUCGCCAGCCUUCAGCUCCCGCCACAGCGCCUCCUACCUGCACAACCAGUACAACACGCUGAGCAAGCCCUCCCCACUCACAGGCACGCUGGAGGUGCAUUUGAUGGGCUGCAGCGGUCUCCUGGAGGUGGUGCCUGGCAGGACGCGGGGCUCGGCGGUGACCCUGCCCUGCUACGCCCCGGCGGAGGGUCGCUCCACGUUCAUGGGGCGCAGCGGCAAGGCACUGUACAGCAGGAGCGGCAGCCUGAGCAGCAGGAGCCAACUCAAAGCAGAGGAGCUCUCCAGUGAGGUGAGUGCUGUGCUGAAGCUGGAGAACACUCUGGUGGGACAGACGGCAUGGAAACCAAUCGGACAGCAAGCCUGGGACCACAGCUUCACUGUGGAGCUGGAGAGGUCCCGAGAGCUGGAGAUCUCAGUGUACUGGAAAGACUACCGCUCGCUGUGUGCCUUAAAGUACCUCAAGCUAGAAGACUUCCUGGACAAUCAGAGACAUGAGAUCCACCUAGAUCUGGAGCCCCAAGGAGUGCUGCUGGCAGAGGUGACCUUCUUCAAUCCCGUUAUAGAAAGAAUACCGAAACUUCAGAGGCAGAAAAAGAUUUUUUCGAAGCAGCAAGGUAAAGCCUUCCUUCGCGCUCGGCAGAUGAACAUUGACAUUGCCACCUGGAUGCGCUUGCUGAGGCGGGCCAUACCCACUGCCAACUCCACCGGCACGUACAGCCCCUCGGCGCAAAUGACUCCUGGCACAGCGGGCGAGAGGCAGGGGCUGUCUGAAAACACGACUGGUGAUAUUUCUGUAGAGAAGCUGAACCAGGAUGCUGACCCGUUGCCGCGGAAACGGACGUCGGAGUCCCGGAAUUCCCGCGGUGAAUCUGACACUCCGGAGCCCUCUCCACAGGGCGAGGGCGUGGCUGUGAACGAACCCUUCUCCCCCUCUGAGCUCUCCCCUGCCAGAGCCAGUAAAGACCCCUUGGAGCACUCCCUGCAGAGCAAGCACAGGAAAGCCCUCCUGUCCCUGCAGGACUUCAGAUUAAUCGCCGUGCUGGGGAGAGGACAUUUUGGAAAGGUGUUGUUAUCGGAAUACCGGAAAACCGGAAAUCUGUACGCCAUCAAAGCGCUGAAAAAGGGCGACAUCGUGGCACGGGAUGAAGUAGAGAGUCUGAUGUGUGAGAAGCGAAUCUUCGAGACAGUGAACAGCUCCUCGCACCCCUUCCUGGUGAACCUGCUGGCCUGUUUCCAGACCCCCGAGCACGUCUGCUUCGUCAUGGAGUACACAGCAGGGGGGGACCUCAUGAUGCACAUCCACGCCGAUGUCUUCACAGAGCCCCGCUCCGUGUUCUACUCUGCCUGUGUGGUGCUGGGGCUGCAGUUUCUUCAUGACAAGAAGAUUGUCUACAGGGAUCUCAAGCUGGAUAACCUGCUGCUCGACAAAGAUGGAUAUGUGAAAAUAGCCGACUUUGGACUCUGCAAAGAAGGAAUGGGGUACGGAGACCGGACAAGCACGUUCUGUGGGACCCCCGAGUUCCUCGCCCCUGAAGUGCUGACUGACACCUCGUACACCCGCGCUGUGGACUGGUGGGGACUGGGAGUGCUGGUUUAUGAGAUGCUGGUGGGAGAGUCUCCGUUCCCUGGUGAUGAUGAGGAGGAGGUGUUUGACAGCAUUGUGAAUGACGAAGUGCGCUAUCCUCGCUUCCUCUCUACCGAGGCCAUCGGGAUCAUGAGACGGCUGCUCAGAAGAAACCCUGAGCGACGAUUAGGCUCCGGCGAAAGAGACGCAGAAGAUGUGAAGAAGCAGCCCUUCUUCAGGACAGUCGACUGGGACGAUCUGCUGAGUAAGAAGAUGAAGCCCCCCUUCAUUCCCUCCAUCAAGGGCCAGGAGGACGUCAGCAAUUUCGACGAGGAGUUCACAGCUGAGGUGCCCACGCUGACGCCCCCGAGAGAGCCGCGAGUCCUGACCAGAAAGGAGCAGGACUGCUUCAGGGACUUUGACUACGUCUCGGACAUGUGUUAACGCUUUGGGAUUGGGCAGGAGGAGACCGAGAGAGAGAGAGAGAGAGAGAGACUCGCGCUUGUAAAUCAAUUCAAGUUCGUCACCCUUAAACUCCAAAAGGCUGGAUUUCCCUGUAGCAUGCCCGUCCGGGGACCAACGUGAAGCGAGGAUUUUACCCCCCGAACCUUUUUUUUGUUUUGUUUUGUUUAAAAAAAGACAAACUUGUUUUAUUUAGUUGUUUUAUGUCUCUGCCCACUUCAGAACUCUUCACAUACAAUACCUGGACCCAACAGCAGCUAAACUGAAGCACAGGACUGCUGUACUGACCGCUGCUGUAGUCC